GCGUCGGCGGCGACGGUGGUCGGCGUGGGGGCGGACGGCGACGACGGUGUGCUCUGUGGUGACGUUUUUCUUCAAGGAGUCAACCGGAGGAUCGGCGGACCUUUGGUGCCUGCGUGCUCGGUCGGGUACGCCCCAGCUCUGUGCUCGCCGGGAACCCAGCGGACGCUCACACGUGAGAGGACGGUUCGGCGUGUGACUCUGCUCCACGUGCGGCGCAGGCGAUGGAGGGCCCGGCGGAGGGCGUGCACCGCGCCUUCUACCAGCUGCCGGCGGCGGAGGCGGCGCGGCCCGGCCGGCCCGACCACCCGGAGGCCCUGAGGCAGUACGUCCGGGGGCAGAUCAUCGGCAGCGAGCGCAGCUUCCUCGGACCUUACGGAGCCAACAGAGCGGUGUACUGCGACCACACUGCGUCCGGCAAGAGCCUGCGCUUCAUCGAGGACUACAUCCGUGACGAGGUGCUGGCCACCUACGCCAGCACGCACACCACGUCCACCAACGCCGCCCUGCAGACCACCUCGUUCAGGGACGAGGCGCGGCAGCUGGUGCGCAGCGCCGUGCAGGCCUCUGAGCACGACGCGGUGCUGUUCUGCGGCUCCGGGGCCACCGGCGCCGUGCACAAGCUGCUGGCGCUGCUACGACUGCCGCAGCCGCCCAUUGUGCUGGUCGGACCGCACGAACACCACUCGAACCUGCUGCCCUGGAGGGAGGUGGCGCACCAGGUGGUCCGCGUGGCCGAGGACCCGGCCACGGGCGCGGUCAGCCUCUCGGACCUGCAGGCCCAGCUGGGCCGGCUGGAGAGUGCGGCCGACCGGCCGCUGGUGGCCUGCUUCUCAGCGGCCUCGAACGUCACCGGCCUGCUGGCGCCGCACGCCGAGAUCACGGCCGCCGUCCACCGGCACGGCGGGCUGUGUGUCUGGGACUACGCCACCGCAGGUCCGUACACGGAGAUGCUGAUGAACCCAGUGGUGCCCGGCCUGGACGCCGGCCUCACGCAGAAGGACGCCCUCUUCUUCUCGCCGCACAAGAUGAUCGGAGGCGUGCAGACACCGGGUGUGCUGGUGGUGAAGAAGCGUCUCGUUCGGAACUCUGUGCCCGAGGGUGCCGGCGGCGGUACUGUGUUCUUUGUCCGCCGAGAGAACCACCGGUAUCUGCAGGAUAUCGAGUCUCGGGAGGAGGGCGGCACUCCGGGUAUCGUGGAGUCGAUCCGCGCCGGCCUGGUACUGCAGCUCAAGGAGGCGCUGGGACCCGACCAGAUCCGCGCCUGGGACGACGCCAUAGUCAGCCGGUUUCUGCGCGAGGCCCGCUCGAUGCCCCAGCUCGCGCUGCUCGGUCCGCGCUCCUCCCUCUGUCCGCGGCUGCCAGUCUUCUCCUUUCUGGUGGUGACACCUAGUGGCGCGUUCCUGCACCACAACUUUGUGGCGGCGCUGCUGAACGACCUGUUCGGGGUGCAGACGCGCGGCGGCUGCGCCUGCGCCGGCCCCUACGCCCAGGACCUGCUGGGCAUCGACGAGACGCUGGCCGCACGAUACGAGCGGGUACUCGUCGAGGACAGCCGGCUGGACCGCACCCACCUGCGCCGCCAGGGCGAGUACUCGUCCUACGAGCUGCUGCGGCCCGGCUUCACGCGGCUGACGCUCAGCUACCUGCUGUCAGAGGACGAGCUGGAGCACACCAUCGCAGCGCUGAGGCUGGUGUGUGAGCACGGCUGGAAGCUGCUGCCCCAGUACCGGGUCAACCCGGAGACGGGCGAGUGGCGGCACCACUCUAACCUGGUUCUGAAGGAGCGCCGGUGGCUGGGCGACAUCCGCUACACGUCUGGCGCGAUGGAGGUGCGCCGGCGUAGCGACCACCCGGCGCCUCCCGACCUGGCCGGCUGCCUCCGCCGCGCCCGCGCACACAUCGACGACGCCAAAAAGAUGUGUCCGCGCCAGGUGCCCGAUCACAGCGCCAUGUUUGACGACUCGACGGCCGACCUGCGCUGGUUCCUGCUGCCCAACGAGGCGCGACAGAUGCUGCACGGCACCCCGGUGACGCUCAGCCCGCCGUUCAAACCCCGGGUGUACGCCGGCGCCGGUCGCGGUGUGAUGUGUCGGCGCCGCGCCAUGUCGGAGAGCGGCGAGCCCCAGCCGGCGCCGGCCGGCUCGGGCGGGCCGCCGUCCCCGUGCACCCCGCCCACCCCACCGGCCACCCCGGUCCUCUACUCGGGCUCCCUGGACCGGGACCGCAGCCGACCGGGCCGGCCGCCGGCCGCCGCCGCAGACACGGCCCGCUCGCCCGGCCGGCCGGCGCACUUCAAACAGCGCGCCAUGAGCGUCUCCUGCGGCGGGCACGGCGCCGCCGACCGCCGCCUGUCCGACACGCGCUUCCUGGCGCGCGAGCUGCACAACCUGUUCUUCAGCGGCGCGCGGCCCGCGGCGCCCGCCGCCGCGCCGGCCGUCCCCGGUCCUCCGUCACCGACCGCGCGGGCCACCGCCGUCGGCCGCAGCUCUCCCGACGGUGCCGAGAGCCGGGCCGCUGCCGGCUCGGAGGUAGCGGCCUCGCCGGCAGCUCCGGCGCGCCGGCCGCCGCUGCGCACCCGCUCGGCGACUGCGGUGCUGCCCUCGCUGAGCACGGCGGUACCGGCGUGCUCCGGCUCCCCGGCGGGCUCGCCGCUGGCCUCUCCGUCGGUGGCGGUGCCCUCGCCGGGCGGCGGCCGGCGCGUGGUGGCCGUGUCGGUGCUGCAGUGGCCAGCGCCCUCCCCGCCGGCCGACCGGGCCGUGUUCUCUGUGAGCGGAGACGCCGCGGAGUCGGGCCGGGACGGUCUGUCCGACUGCUGCCGGCCGGCGGAGGUCAGUGACGGGCCGCCGGCCGGUGACGGGGACAGUGUGACGGGUACGGGUAGCGGGGAUAUGUGUGGGGACCGGGGCGACGCGAAACUGGCCGGCGACAGUGACCCCGCGGACACCGACGGCAGUGCAGUGAAUGCGGAACUCGCCAGUGACUCUGCGAAGCUCGCGGAGCCGGCACUGGACAGUAAGGCGGGGCCGGCGGGCGAGCGUGCUGCUCCGACCGAGACCGGGCGACAGGCGGGCGACACGGCGCGCCAGCCGGCGGAGAAAGACAGGAAGGAGAGCGGGCCGCGGUGGCACGCGCCGCCCAAGAACAUCUUCAAGAAGGCGGCCGAGGCGAUCGAGGAGUUCGCGAUGCUGCGCGCCGGUGACCGGGUGCUGGUCUGUCUGUCGGGCGGCAAGGACUCGCUCUCCCUGCUGCACGUGCUGCGUCAGUACCGGUUCGUGGCGGCCAGUCGCGGUGCGCCGUUCGAGCUGGGCGCCGUCACCGUGGACCCGCAGAGCAGCCAGUACGACCCGCGCCCGCUCAUACCGUACCUGGCCAAACUGGGCGUGCCAUACUACUACGAGGUGCAGGGUAUUUUGCAGCAGGCGGAGGCGGUGGACUGCAGCAGUAUCUGCAGUUUCUGUUCGCGUAUGAAGCGCGGCAGGCUGUACGCGGCCGCCCGACGCCAGGGCUACAACGUGCUGGCGUUCGGACAGCACCUGGACGACAUCUCCGAGAGCUUCCUCAUGUCCGUGUUCCACAACGGCCGGCUGCGGACCAUGAAGGCCUGCUACACAGUCACUGAGGAGGACCUGCGGGUGGUCCGGCCGCUCAUCUAUGUCCGCGAAAAGGAGCUCCGCCAGUUUGCCGAGUCGCGGCGGCUGCCCAUCAUCCCCGAAAACUGUCCCGCCUGCUUCGAGGAGCCCAAGGAGCGGCACCGCGUGAAGCAGCUGCUGGCCCAGCAGGAGGUGCUGUUCCCGCGCCUGUUCGAGUCGCUCCGCUCUGCCCUGCGGCCGCUGUACGCCAUCCCGCGCACCGGACUAGAGAGCCGGCUGUUCGGCAGGGCCGUGGCUGACGAGGAGGAUGAGGAUAGCGACGGGGCCGACUGCGGCACCGACGGCGGGGCGGUGGUCAAUGACGGCGGGGCAGCAACGGUCAAUGACAGCGGGGCGGUGGUCAAUGACAGCGGGGCAGCGGUCGGUGACAGCGGGGCGGGGGUCAAUGACGGCGGGGCAGUGGUUAAUGACGGCGGGGCGGUGGUUAAUGACAGCGGGGCGGGGGUCAAUGACAGCGGGGCGGGUGUCGGCGACUACGGGGCGGUGGUCGCCGCGGAAGAGUGACGAGUGCCGCGCGGUGUGCGGAGGUCGGGGCUGUGGAGGGGCCGGCUGGUAUCUGCACGGGCUCAGUCAGUGAGUGGAUCAUCAGACAGCGGCCUUACCUCCCAGUAGCCGAUACCAUAUCAAUCAGUGGGGCAGCCAGCCGCAGUAAUGGCCUCCCCAGCUGAGGGUGGCGUCUCAAAGCGCAGCGUGUGGGCUGCCUGAUACCGCCCUGAAGCCGGGGUCACAGUCGCAAUAUCUAGCACUACUGUCCGGCCGGUGUUCUGACAGGGUCAGUGGGAGCCUGAGGGGGUGCGGGCGGGCUGUACGCGGGUCACAGUGGGUGUCUCUGUCCCGGACUAAUCGAACGUGGAUCAGAUGCAACGGGCAGCGUACCGCGGCCGAGAGGACUAGGCCGUGACUAAAGAGGGGGUGGAGAGGGAGGCGUCCCCCGGGACAGAGCGCGGCGCCGUUCGGCGGGGGAGGGGUCACCGGGACACGGGAGGGAGGGUGACGGGGAGUCGUUACACGGGAGGGUCGUUUUAGCUGACGUGCUGUGGUUUGCGGGCGACAGGGGGUUGUCAAUGACUGAACAGGGUCGGGGCGCGAGGGGAUCUGUUGUUGUCGAAUGGCUGCCCGCCGUGUUGACUUGUCUUUGAUGUAUGACGUGAUGACAUUGUUAUGUGUUGGUGUGUUGAAGGUGCUACGACUGCGAUAUGCGCAUCACACGACGUGUGCUGUUGUGCGGUGUGACUGUUGUUCGUUUGGUGCCGGUCAAAGUCGACAGAGGCCGCCCCGCCGAUAGUGUCACGUGCCCGGGGUAUGAGUCAUUUCCUGAUCAGGUGCAGCCGAGCCCCGGUCAGCCGAUGCGUCAGAAAGUGUCAGUAGACAUGCUGCUGAUUAGUUUUUUUCCGAUUUGCGUGCCGGGAAUGUGAAUCAGGGUACAACAUGUGGUGUUUCCGGAAAUGGGCCGCAUCCUCCCCCUCUGGACAUCCCGAGCUUACUCCACCGCCCCGCGGCCGGGUAAAGCCGCCGGCCGCCAGGCCCGAACCGCUCCGGGCGGGCCGGCCGGGCGGACGCAGCCCAUGGGCCGCUGAGCGGUGGUGGCGCACUGUGGACUCGGGGCCGGGUGUCAGCUGCUGGCGGACUGACGUGGCGCCGGGAGAGAACGGAGAACGCAGCCGAGUUAGUGACUGACCACCCCGCUGAGUCAGUGACGUGGCGUCUUACUCCGGCGUGUCACUGAUGUCAGGUCACCCCUUGCCAUGUCAGUGACGUGACGUCAUCACUCCGUCAUGUUAGUGACGUGACGUCGUCAUCCCUUGCCGAGUCGGUGUCAGUGUGUCAGCGCCGUCAGUGUGCGACAAAUACAGUCUGUCGGCGCUGCUCUGUCGGCAGAAAUGUCCUGUGA